AUGGACGGUGUCGCUCCAGUCACCAUGGAGCUCAAGGCAGGCGAAACCAAGCAGAGCGUCUUAUCGUCGCAUUGUUGUCCCAGCGUGGCGUUCAUGCCGUCGCACUGGCCACGCCACGUUCCCUCAGGGCUGCCAUCAGGGCCUGACGAGCGGCAGGCACUGACUGCUGUCGCUGAGGCUGAGGAUUUUCAGGUUCCUCCUGACAAGCAUCAGGCACUGACUGCCUCUGACGCUGCGGUUCCUAGGGUUCCUACUGACGAGCGAAGGCCGCUGGCUCCUGUCACUCCGUCGCAGCUCGCCGAGCCCCCUUUGCCCGCCGCCUCUAACCUUGUGACGGGUCCUUCCUCAUCGUUUGUCCGUCAGAAGCAUGUUCAGCUGCCCGUGCAGCAGCAGCAACAGCAGCAACAGCAGCAACAGCAGCAGCAGCAGCAGCAGUUACUGCAGCAGAAGGAGGCGGGGCUUCAAGAGCCGCAUGUGGAGGGCUCUUGGCGGAGGUGUGUGAAGCGGAAGGUGGAGAGCGUGGAUGGGGGCGACGAACGGGACGGUCUCAGAGCGAACGACGACUGGCCCUGGGGCGCAGUGCAAGGCCGCGAUGGUGCUGUUGCUGGGUGGGUUGGUGGCGGUGGUGGCGGUGGUGCUGUUGGUGGGGGUGCUGGUGGUGCUGGUGGCGGUGCUAGUGCCCGCGCUGAUGUAGCGUGGGUGGCGGGAGAAUUGCAGGCCUUGCAGCGACUGGCGCAGCAAGGGAAGGUGGAGCCUGGAAGUGUUGGAGCUGGUUCUGUGCAGCUAGGUGCGGUUGAGAGGGGCGAGAUCGCGGGAGUAGGGGUAGAGGUAGAUGCAGGGGAAGUAGGGUUGGAAGCAGAGAGACGGGCAGAAGUUGGGGAGUUGGAGAAGGGUGGGGGAGGGGAGACGGAAAAUUUGCAGCUGCUGCUUCAGCUGCAGCAGCGACUGAAUGUUCUAACGAGUCAGCUAGCACGCCGAGUCAGCAUGCACAUGCUCACGACCAACGAUACUCCUGGAACGCGGAACUCUACAGAGGUUCCUGUUAUUACAAUCGAUCAGCCUGUGGGAAACGGGAUACACUAUAGCGGGGAUAAAUGCAACGGCAACGGGUUCUUCAUUGAUGGCUUUAAUGAGGAGAAAGGAGCGGAAUGGGGGGAGAAAGAGGGUGCCACCAGCAAGGAACAGGUUCUGUCGAGAUCUGUUAAGAGGAAGCAAAAAGUGAAGAAGCAGGGAGAGAAGAACCAUGAAGAGAGUAAACAUGAAGAGAAGAAGCUUGAAGGGAAGAGAGGCAGCGGCACGGAGAAGACGGUUGGGCGUAAGGGAGUGAAGGCUGGUCAGAAGGAGGCAAAAACGAGCCGGGAAACUAAAGAGGGAAAAAGCGGCAAAAUGAAAAAUAGCGAAGCAGCAGAAGUAGCGGGAGCGAUGGUUGUAGAGGGUUCAGCAGCUGCUGCAGCUGGAGGGGAAUCAGGAGUGGUCACACCAGGAGAAGAAUCAGCAACUUUCGCAGCUGAAGAGGCGUCAGAUGCUGUAUUGGCCGGCAGGGGGGAUGUGCUGAAUCGUAGUUUAGGUGAGCUGAAUGGUGGUGCACAUGAGCUGAACCAGCGGGUGGGCAAGCUGAUUGGCCGAGGAGAGAGGCAGACGGGGCAAGAAGACUGGCAGAGUAGGCAGGUAGCUUUGGUGAGUGACCGAGGGGCUCAGCCGAGGGAACAGGCCGGGCGGAUUGGGCAGGUAGGUGAGAUGAGUGACCGAGUGGCUGGGCUGAGGGAACAAGACGGGCGGAGUAGGCAGGUAGCUGAGGUGAGUGACAGAGUGGCUGAGCCGAGGGAACAGGCAUGCGAGCUGAAUGCUCUAGCAGAAGGAGGGUGGACUCGGCAGGUGGAUGGGGCUGGCAAUGGGGAGUCUGAGGUGUCUUUUGAGUCAGCUCAUAAGUCUCCUCGUUACAACGGGUCUGAGCGCUGGGGAACGCAGCAACCGCUGGGGCGGGUCGGGAGGGGGUCACCUGGAUGUGAUGAUGAUGUGGUGAGAGCUGCAAGCGUGGAGUCGGUUCAGAAUGGAUACUCAGACGUGGAUGAGCGAGAACAGAGAGGUGGAGGGAAGGGCGUGGAUGGAGGCAGAGAGAGAGGGAGGCGCAAUGAGGGAGGUGGAGAGGGAGAAGGGGAUGGGGAUAGGGAUGUGAAUGGAGGCAGAGAAGACGUUACUUGCAGUGACACAAGACAGGGGCCUGGAAUCGAAGGUGAUUGUAACGGGGAGUUACUGAAUAGUUGGGCUGCUGAUGAAACAGAUCCGGCUUCUGCUGGGGGUUUGGGGGACGGUGGUGGUGGGGCAGAUAGGGCAGCAGCGACGCAUGCAAAGGCAAAGGCGGAGGAGGGAGCAGAAGGUGCCGAAACCGAAGCAGCAGAAAGUGCAGUGGGGCGAGCAGCAGACGAUGCAGCAGCUAGUGCUGCAGGCAGAAAAGCGUUUCUAACACCAGAGGGAAAGGAAGCAGAAACAGAGCAGACGACUGGGACAGGCGUGGUUGUGGUGGGCGGUGCAGGAGGGGUAGACGCGGGUGGAGAAGGCUCAGCAGAUGAAUCCAAGGCAGGAGCAGAAGAAUCUGCAGCAGACAGUGAUGCAGGAGGGGAAGCAGAGGCACAAUCAGAUGCAGAUACAGAGGGAGAAGCAGAGGCAGGUGACGAAGCAGAGACUGCAAGUGGUGCGCCCUGUUCCCCUUCCCCCUCUCGGCAACGAGCCGCCACCGGAAGCUUCCGUGACUUCCUGGAUUCCCCACCUGCACACGGGGCAGCAGCAAGGGGAGCAUGGGCAGGGAGGUUAGGAGGGCCAGCAGGGGUAGCAGGGACAGCAGGAUUAGGAGAGUCUCAGCGGGGGGGGCAUGACCCUGACGCGGAGUCUCCUGAGAGGCAGGGUUCUCUGGACUUUGCUGCUGCGAGUGUGCAAGGAGGGGAUGUGAGUGGAAGAAAAACGGAAGGGGAGAGCAUCAGUGGAGUGGAAGAGAAUCAGGGAGCUGAGGGAGGAGAAAGCGGUGGGUUCAAGCCUGCUUCUGCCUGCUCUCCUCCUUCUGCCCGCUCUCCUCCUUCUGUCCGCUCCCAUGCUUCUGCUCAAUCUCCUCCUUCUGCUCAAUCGCCUGCUUCUGCCCGCUCACCUGCUCCCGCCCGCUCGCCUGCGUUUGCGCGCUCUGAGACUGUCCCUGCGCCCUCCUCCCGCGACUCCUCUGCUGACGAGAAGGGUAGGACGCCCAGAGGCCGGAACCACACGAAGCACUCCUCUGCUGCAGGCGACCUGUCAACCAGCAGCACUGCAGGAGGAGCAACAGGAGCAGCAGGGGCAGCAGGAGCAGCAGGAGCAGCAGCAGGAGCAGGAGCAGCAGCAGCAGGAGGAGGAGGAGCAGCGGUUGGUAUCCCAGUGAGGGACCUGUCCUCGCGUCCAUGUGACCUCUCAGUGGCUCUGCUUCGCACUGUGGCGUCUGUAUACAUGAGGCACGGCACGCACGUGCCCCUCCCCCCCGCCUUCUGGGACGAGAGGGGCGUGAACGUCUCAGGCCUCCACCAGGGGCUCAAAUCCCGCGCCUCUCCAUUGGAUGGGGUUCAGGACCCUGGUGCUGCAGCUGCUGCUGCUGCUGCUGCUGCUGCUGCUGCAGCUGCUGCUGGUGAUUUGGCUGGGUCGGAGGAUGCGUUGGGAGCUCCUAACAGCAGCGGCAAGGCAGACGGUGAGGAGGCUUUUGGUCCUGACCAACCCCCAGGCUGCACGGCCCUCCAAGAUUCUACAGCUGGCAAACCUCAGCUUUCGGUGAUAAGUGCUGAGGGGGGGCAGGGGAAUCCCCAGGAGAAAGCUCAGGAGAAAGCCCAGCAGGCGGCCAGCCCGAAGCUGUUUCGCCAGGCGUCGGAGCAGGGAGGGGAGAGGAGAAGCAGCUGGAGGCGAAGCUUGGGAGGGCUAGGAGGAAUGGGAGGGAGCUUGGGGGGAUUGAGUGGGGGGCUUGGGGUUAUGGCAGAUAUGGCUGCCGCCUUCCCCCGCCAGGGCUCCGUGAACAGUGCGCUCAGUGGCAGACGCAGCCAGCAAAUGCUGCCCGGGCCAGGCUUUGGUUUGAACGGAUCGGUUUCAGCGUUUGGAGGGGAUUCGUCCCUGGGAAGGAAGGCGAGAACGGAUGGUGAAGGGGCAGCGGGGGGAGGAGCAGGGGAGCAAGACAGGGCAGUAGGGUCAGGAGGGGCAGGAGGGAGGGGAAAUGCAGGAGGGAGAGAAGGAAGCAGGGUACGAGGGCAACAGGAUGAUCCAAAGGGGUCCAAUCCUUCCUCUCCUCAUCUUAGAGUGUCGGCCAAAGCCAGAUUUCCUCUGUCAAUGUCCCUGGGCUCUCAUAACGGAGAUGCUGGUAAGGAGGGCGUACGGGGCGGGCUGCUGAGGCUGUUCCAGGGGGGAACGCGGGGCAGGGAGAAGGGGCACGAGGGGACAGCAGGGGGCAAGUCGGAAGGUGGUGGAGCUGAGGGUGAUUUAGACGAGGGCGGGCUGAAGUCUGGGGUAGAAUCCGUGCGUGAGCCUCUUUCAGAGGGUAAUUCCCCUAAAAUCAGCCCACGGCAUCAGAAUCUGUGUAACCCUUCCUCUUCCAGUGUGAAGCCGCCCUCCUCAACGCUACCCCCUGCAACGCUACCCCCUGCAACGCCAUCCUCCCUGCGGCGCCCACCUGCUGUGACCCCUCUGGAUACUGCCUCGCUUCUGUCGGAUUCUGACUCGCUCUCCCCCCUCACCUCCCCUUUUCCCCCCACUGGUGAUGGGGGUGAGGUGAAAGAAGGGGCGAGAGUGAACAGUGUGGGCGUGGGUGAAAAAGCAGGAGACGAAAAGCCACGACAGCAGCAGAAGCAGCAGCAGCAGCAGCAGCAGCAAGGGGGUCAGAAGCAACGGGAUCAGAAGAAGCAGCAAGAGCAGCGGAGCCCAGGGAAGCCACUGCAGCUGCCCCCGAAGCAGCUGAGACAGCGGGGGGUGCUCAGACGAGCAGACAGCACCCCACAGCGCAGUAAUUCCCUUGAGGAUAGGAGCCAGGAAACGGACUCUGACAGUGUGGGAGGCAACAGCGACGGCGGGAGUGGCGGUGGGAAUAGUGGUGGCAAGCGGGACGGUGGGAGUGGCGGUGGGAGCGGUGUGAAAGUGGAGAAUGGGAGGAUGAUGAUUCCACACUCUCAGUCCGCCUCGCAUCAGCAGCACCUGACGGUGUCCCCGGCAGGUACCCCCCUCCCCUGCACCUCCUGCCCUUGCACCCGCCUUCAGCGCGCCUCUCCUCCUCUGUGCACCCCUCAACACCCGCCCCAGGUAACAUGCCUAUGGCUGGGCGCAUGGGUGGUGCUUACGGCAGGGGGUGGAGGGGCGGGGAGGGCUCUGAUCCUCUUCUGCCUGCCAGCAACGCUCUCCAAACACAUCUGCCUCUCUCCGGUGCUGACUUUCCCCGCUCCCACACCUUCCAUUCCGGCCCCUCCCGCCCCCAGCCCUCUCAAUCCUCCCAACCCUCUCAGCCCUCUCAUCCCUCACAGCCCUCUCAGCCCUCUCAACCUGACCCCUCUCGUGCUCGGAAGUCCCAAUCGGGGCCCCUCUUUCCCAGAGCGUCCAAAAGGGAUGGGGAGUGGGAGGGCGGAGAUGGGGGGAAGUGGGAGGGGAGGGGAAGGGGCAUCAGGGGCAGGGUGGGAGCUGGUGGUGGCAGAGGCAGUACCUGAGGAAGGCGCAUAUGUGCAUGCUGACGUGGCGGCACUUAAGAGACACCGGCAUUACGUGGAUCAGUUGCGUCUCGUGGACCCCGCCUCUCUCUCACACACAGAGAGGCUUGUCUUUUGGAUCAACGUGUACAAUGCGCUGCUGCUCUCGACCUACAUCACCAACGGCUGUCCCGACACACAUCUGCGCCGCAUUGCCCUGCUGCAAACCGCGUCAUACACCAUAGGCGGCCAUGCAGUGUCAGCAACAGACAUCGAGUUCUCUAUUCUCAGAGCCCCUGCUGCCAAACCCUCGCCUCUGGCCAAGGCACUGAAUGCGACGCCCUUCCCACUGGAUGACCCGAGGCAGCAGUGGGUGGUGGGGGAGGCGGAGCCGCUGGUGUCGUUUGCUCUCUCUCCGGGGUCGCUGAGCGCGCCUGUGCUGCGAGCCUACCUGCCACACUCCCUGCACUCGCAGCUGGAGCAUGCGAGGGACCUCUAUCUUGCCAGCUGCAUUGGCAUGACUGCUGACAACCGCGUGUGCCUGCCCCGCCUCCUCAAAUGGCACGCCUCUGACUUCGCGGAUUCAGAUGCCGGUCUUUUGGAGUGGGCUCUCAACCAGCUGCCCUUGCCGGCACGGAUCACCAUGGCACGGAAGCUUGCCAUGCGCAGGAAUCCCACACUGGCCUCAUGUGUUGACGUGGCAUCGAUGGUGAACGCGCAGAAGGGAGUUCUGAUUGAAUGCGAUAUCCCCAUGGCGCAGUAUAUUAUCUUUUUGGACAGCAAGAGGGGAGGCGCUGAGAAGUUUAUUCUUCAGGUUCUAGAUGACACUCAUCUGUUGAUAGUUGCGGAUGCAGCAGACAUGGUGCAGAAGAUGUGUCGUGAUUGGAUGGAUACCAACACGUACGAAAAGCCAACAUAG